GAGUCGAUAUGCUCGGGGUGCAGACAUUCAGUUGUGCGUGGACCGGGCAUGGGAGUGGUUUAAUUUGGCUCCCAAUACCAAUCUUACAAUGGAGGAGAAAACUGAUAAAGAGAUUCCCGUCGACACCGCUCUUAUUGAGUCUUUGUGGGUGCAAAAAGGACAUGAGCGCACACAGCGACCGUCCUGGUACUAUGCCCCAACCUUUAUACUUCUCUGGGUAGCUCUCUUCUAUGCCAUCGUGAUCCCGCUUUACAACUACCUUCCGGACAGAGUCACCUUUGCCGAGGAGUCCUGGAAGCCAGGACAAUUCGUGGGGGAACGGGCCCAGCAGCAGCUCUAUGUUUACGAUCGAAUCGGGCCCAAAGUCACGGGUAGCUAUGCUAAUGAGGUCACAACGGUGGAGUUUCUGGUAAAUGAAAUUGAAAAGGUCCGAACGGAAAUGCAAAAUGAUCUUUACGAGCUUGAGGUCGAUGUGCAAUCGCCCACAGGAAGCUAUGUGUUCAUCGAUAUGGUGAACAUGUACCAGGGUAUUCACAACGUGGUGGUGAAGCUGAGUCCAAGGGGCUCUUCCAGCCAGGCCUACUUGUUACUCAAUAGCCACUUCGAUUCGAAGCCAACGAGUCCGGGUUCUGGCGAUGAUGGCACCAUGGUUGUGGUCAUGUUGGAGGUGCUGCGACAAAUGGCGAUAUCGAGGACCCCUUUUCAACACCCCAUCGUCUUUUUGUUCAACGGUGCUGAGGAAAAUCCCCUCCAGGGUUCCCAUGGGUUCAUUACGCAACACAAGUGGGCGGGGAACUGCAAAGCCUUUAUCAACCUAGAAGUCGGUGGUAGUGGGGGACGUGAUCUCUUGUUCCAGAGUGGUCCCAAUAAUCCGUGGGUAAUGAAGUACUACAAGGAGCAUAUUAAACACCCCUUCGCAACCACUAUGGCUGAGGAGAUAUUCCAAAGUGGAAUUCUUCCCUCUGACUCAGAUUUUCGAAUUUUCCGGGACUUUGGAAAUAUCCCUGGCCUUGACAUUGCCCAGAUUCAGAAUGGAUAUGUCUACCACACUCCUUUUGACACCUAUGAGGCGGUUCCUGGGCGAGCUAUUCAGAACACCGGAAACAAUAUCCUGGCCCUCGUCCGGGCCUAUUCCAAUGCCAGUGAAUUGUUGGAGGAGAGCGAUGAUAAAGGCCACGCCAUCUUCUUUGAUUUCCUGGGCCUCUUUCUUGUAAAUUACACGGAAACGACAGGAAUCAUUCUUAACUGCCUUAUCGGAGUUAUUAGUCUGGUCUUGGUGGGCUGUUCUAUUUGGAGGAUGUCCCAGCAGUCGGAGGAGCAGUCGCUGAAGGAUAUAUCCAUCUCGUUUUUGAUCAUUCUGGGUCUGCAUGUGAUCGGAUUUAUGCUAUGCAUCUGCCUCCCCCUGUUAAUGGCUGUUAUUUUUGAUGCCGGGGACCGAUCACUGACCUAUUUCACCAGCAAUUGGUUGGUGUUUGGUCUCUACAUUUGUCCAGCAAUAAUUGGCUUGGUGAUUCCACUAAGCUUGUACUACACCUGGAAACCAGAAGAUAAACUUAGCCAUCCUUAUCAUUUGCAACUGAGUUUGCAUGCCCACUUAGUGGUUUUUGCCUUUUUGGCUCUUAUUUUGACCGCCAUGGGCUUCCGAUCUCAGUAUCUGUCUGUUAUAUCGAUGAUCUUCUAUGGAGGAGCUCUUUUGAUUAACUUGAUUAGCAAACUUCACGAUAAAGGCUACUACUGGGGCAUAAUCGUCGUUGUUCUGCAGGUGUUGCCUUUCUGCUAUUUUUGCUAUCUUUUCUACAUGUUUUUGGUGAUAUUCUUCCCGGUUCUGGGAAGGAAUGGAUACAACUCAAAUCCUGAUCUGUUUAUAGCCCUUUUCUGUGGCAUUUGCACCUUCUUUGCUUUGGGCUUUGCGGCACAAUUUAUCAACAUGUUCCGCUGGCCAAAGCUAAUACUCCUCGGCUUGGGCGUGGUCACUUUCAUUUUUUGCAUGAUCGCCGUCUCGGAAGUGGGUUUCCCCUAUCGCCCAAAGACAAAUGUUAUGCGAAUCAGUUGUUUGCACACUCGCCGCUACAUUUACGAGUACGACGGUUCUUUGAGUCUUAGUGACUCAGGCUACUACUUCGACUACCAAGACAGACGGGCCCUGAACCCACUCAAGAACUCCAAGCUGGACCUCACGGGCCUGGCUCCUGUAAAGCGGGAUUGUGACAAGUACGUGAUGUGCGGCAUUCCUUGCUUCUACUACAGUUGGUGCAGAUGGAGGGACUGGGCUGGCUGGUUGCCCCGCGAGUCCGAGGUAAUGAUACCAGGCCAACUGAACUUUGAGUUCUUAGGGAAGACUGUAACAGCGUCGAAUCAGACAGCAAGGUUCGAGUUCCAAAUGAGCGGCCCACCUCACAUGAAUGUAUUCAUUCAACCACUGGGCCCAGCUGAGGUAUCCGAUUGGUCCUUUGUAAGAAAAAUGCUGGAUGAACCGGAGGAGUUCCAGCCCCCCUACCAGAUCUUCUUUUCAUACGGAACAGACGAUACCCCAUUGAAAUUCCAUAUAGAUAUAUGGAAACCCGAUGGGGACUUUGAUGGCCCUGUUCUGGAAAUUGGAGCUGUCGGACACUUUGUCAGCACAGACUUUGAGAGGGAUGCAGAGGCUCGACAAUUUCUGGCAGCCUUCCCCGACUAUGCCCACGUCAUGGAGUGGCCGUCUAUAUUUAAGCGCUAUGUAUUUUAAAUCUUAGAUAUUAUUUACCUUUAAGUACGUCAUCCCCAUUUUAAAAUAUACGUCAUCUGCGAUCAUAAA